CCAUACUCAAACAACUCACUCAUCAACAAGCUUUUCAACAUUCACAUACACAUUGUCAAACACAUACAACCCAAUAACCUUCACAUCUUAAUUAUGACCAUGGCAAUUCUGAAAAGAAGCAGAGAAGACACAGAGGUGGAAGCACUGGCCAUGGCCAACUGCUUGAUGCUCCUCUCCCGUGUCGGAGAGACCACAUCGACCAAGGGCCGUGACCGUGUCUUCACCUGCAAGACCUGUAACAGAGAGUUUUCAUCGUUCCAAGCUCUCGGUGGCCACAGGGCUAGCCACAAGAAGCUUAGAUUAAUGGGAGGAGGAGACCUUCAUGUUCAGACCCCCAGCUCGCCCGUAAAGGGGAAGACCCACGAGUGCUCGAUAUGCGGGCUAGAGUUUGCCAUGGGGCAAGCGCUCGGGGGUCACAUGAGGAGACACAGAGAUAGCUCGAGCCCGUCGACAGCACAGGCGGUGAUACCGGUUUUGAAGAAGUCGAACAGUAGCAAUGGAAGCAAGAGAGUUUUGAGCCUGGAUUUGAACUUGACACCAUAUGAGAAUCACAUGAAGAUUAAGAAAUUGCCAACCUGGUUGAUUGCUUGAGCACCUUUCUUAGAAUGAACACCAGCUUAUAUUGUAGUUGGGAAUUUUUGUACUCAGAUAUCUUCAUUUUUUUUUGUUCAUAUCAGAUUCUUUUGUUCUUUGUAUGUGGGAUAUAGAGAUAUACUUUAUUGUCUACUGUAGUUGGAUUGUUGAUGUGUAUGUAUAUAUAUGUGUUAUUGGAAUUUAUGUUUCAUCA